UUUUUUUGGAAUUUGUUUUGUGUAUUUUUUUCUCUUCAAAUUACUUCCAAUUUUUGUUUGCUCGAAAAUAACAAUAAUUUUUUUUGAGCAAAAUUUGUUUAAUUUCAGUUAAAAUUUAAACAAAAAACUUGAGAAAAAUGAAUGAAUCACAAGAAAUUCGUAUACAACCAUCAUACAGUCGAUGGUUGACCGAAGAGGUUUUCAAUCUAAUCGAUUUGGUGAGAAAUGAUGAGGCAAUUUACAAUCCUCGGCACAAAUAUUAUUUCUGCCGGCCUUAUGUUGAAAAUUUCUGGCGUGAAAUUGAUCUUCGAUUGAGAAAGAAUUCUGGUGCUAGUUUGGCUAAAUGGACGAAUCUCCGGAUAUCCUUUCGAAGGGAAUAUGCUAAUUUCCAAGAGGAAAAAGUACCACCGUGUUGGACGUAUUUCGACAGAAUGUUAUUUUUGCAUCCUUAUUUGCGCAAUAAAAAAUCUUCUGAUCCACCUAAAGGCAUUGAUCCCCAUAUACAAGAAGCUCUGGCACAAAUUAGCAACUUAAGCUAUAAAUCCCAACAACAAGCGUCAACGUCUACACCAACAACCAGUGACAGUCCUGUGAAUGAAUACAUGGAUCAAUAUCUUUCGUAUUGUGAAGAUGAUCCACAACCCUCACCGGAUGACAUAGACGACAUUAUUGAAGACGAUAACCAAGGAAAUUCUCAUAACCGAAUUCAAUCAAAUGAUUUAAAGUCAGACAGCGAUAAUGAAAACGAAGACAAAGACCAAAUACAAAUGCAGGAACAUGACGAUUACAAAGAUAUAAUAAUUGAAAUAUCUGACGACGCUUCGAAUCCUUCACAAACUGAAUUGAAACAACUCAGUCCACAAAAUGAAUGUGUUAAUAGUAGAAGUUUAAUAAAACGUCCUCGAACUGAUUUGGGCAAUAUUGCGAUGCCAUCAUCGAGUAAUAAUAUUUCAUUGGUUAGGCCACUGACUACGGCAUCACAUCCUCCGGUUGAAGUGAAUAAUAUGUUUCACCAAGCUAUUGUCAAUUCUUCACAGGCAAGCAACUCGAAUCGUGGUGAACAACUUGGAAGUCCUACUUCUGCAUCUACAUCUGUGUCGACUUCUCGAAGGAGUGAAUUUUGUGAGUGUAAAACUGAUUCGGAUGCAAUGUUCUUAAUGAGUUUGUUGCCCGAUAUUAGAAAACUUAACGGUCGGGAUAGAGGUAAAAUAAAAAUUGCAUUUCAAAAUAUUGUCCAGGAAUUUUUGUAUCCAGACUAAGGAAUUUUUUAGAAUAACUUUUAAUUU